UUCCCCUCUGCACCUGCUACGUCUCUCCACAGACCUCUAGUAGUAGCAGUCUUCCUCCUAGCAUAACCGCCUCUCGUCCCUAUCCGCAGCAACCGUUCGCCGCGCCGCACGCGAGACCAUGGCUUCCUCUCCGCUACCCCGCGCGGCCCGCCUCCACCGAUCCGCAGCCGGGCGUCUGAGGUCGCCGCCGGCCCGCGCCUUCUCCAGCGCCGCAGGGACGGGACCGUCGCCCGGUCGCGAGGGGGUGCUCGCUGCCGCGGCCGUGGCGCUUGCGGGGUCCGGGCUGGGGCUGUGGCUCUUGCCGCCGACGCUCGCCGACUCCGGCGAGGCGGCCGGAGGCCAGAUCUCGGUCGCCGCGGCGGGCGCUGGCACCGUGGAGGAACGGGAGACUAAGGGGCGGUUCCUGUUCGGAGACUCAUUCCGCAGAAGGGUGUUCUUUAAUUACGAGAAGAGGAUACGGCUUCUCAGCCCUCCCGAAAAGAUCUUCGAAUACUUUGCGACUGUGCGGAACCCAGAAGGUGAAGUUUACAUGUUGCCUGCCGACUUGAUGAGAGCAGUAGUUCCAGUUUUCCCUCCAUCAGAGUCGACCAUAGUUCGGGUAGGGAGAUUAAGGGGGGAACGUAGCCCUGGAGAGUUGCACUGUGCUCCAUCGGAGUUCUUCAUGCUGUUCGACACAAACAGCGAUGGCCUCAUCUCCUUUGCCGAGUACAUCUUUUUCGUGACAUUGCUCAGCGUUCCAGAGUCAAAUUUCACUGCCGCUUUCAAAAUGUUUGACGUUGACCACAGCGGGGUGAUAGACAGAGAGGAGUUUAAGAAAAUAAUGGCACUGAUGCGGUCCAUAAACAGACAAGGAGCCACCCAUAGGGAUGGCUUACGUGUCGGUCUUAAAGUUGGCCAACCUGUGGAAAAUGGUGGACUGGUUGAGUAUUUCUUUGGUAAUGAUGGGAAUGAACCUCUGCACUACGACAAGUUUUCAAAAUUUUUGAAUGAAUUGCAUGACGAGAUUAUUCGUCUGGAGUUUAGUCAUUACGAUGUCAAGUCAUCUAAAACUAUCCCAGCUAAGGAUUUCGCGAUGUCCAUGGUUGCUUCUGCCGACAUGAAUCACAUCAACAAACUGCUUGAUAGAGUUGAUGAUUUGGUCAGUGAGCCUGAUUUGAAGGACCUGCGCAUUACCUUUGAGGAGUUUAAGUCAUUUGCUGAUUUGCGACGAAGGUUGCAGCCACUAUCGAUGGCAAUCUUCUCUUACGGGAAGGUAAAUGGGUUCUUGACAAAGCAGGAUCUAAAACGUGCAGCAUACCAUGUUUGCGAGGUUGACUUAACGGAUAGAGUGGUGGACAUCAUUUUCCAUGUGUUUGACACAAAUCGUGAUGGGCACCUGAGCUCGGAAGAAUUCUUGAGAGCGUUACAAAGACGAGAAACUGAUAUUCGCCAGCCAGCAACACCGGGUCCCUUUGGGUUCUUGUCUUGCUGGUUCAACUGUAAGAAGUGCUCUUCGCUUCCACAGAUGGUUCUCUAAUUGGGUCCUUUGAUCUUCACUGUACUCUUCCUCUGCCUUUUGAUUGCUAUCUCGUGGUGGUGUAGGUGGACAACGGAAUCACCAAGCAGCGCACGCUGCCGAGCGCCCGGACGAUUUUGCUGUACAUAUCGUGUGGGUGGUCAAAGCUUCCCCAGCCAUACUACAUAGAAGCUGUAAAUAGUGUCUGGUUGUAGCCCUUGGACUUGGAGACACUUAUAAUUCUUAUGUUCAUUAUUACCCAUAUUAACUGAGAUUUGAAAUCUUGUUGUUGGGGAAAAA